AUGAAUGCCAACGGAGUCGCAGCCGCCGCUUACGACGAUGGAAGCCUGCAGAGAGACCAGUGCGAGAUGCUGCUCCGCACGUUGAUGGGCCCAGAAGAGAGCAGCAGCCCAUGCACCCGCUGGUGGGUAGAGGAACUCCUCGCGGCGGCCGCGGAGGAGCACCGGUGUGGAGAGGAGCCGGAGGUGGUCGAGGACUACGUGGCGUGGCUCUCGGAGGAGCACCUCCGCGAGCUCGACGCGCUCGAGCAGCGCGCACACACGCAGGCGGCCGCGCAGGCCAGGGCGGCGGCGGACCGGCACCGCGGGAGCGAGCGCCCAGAGCGCAAUAGUGCUGCUGGGGGCGAGACGGGAAGGGAGGCAGACAAGAAAGGGGAGGCGGAGGUGUGGUUUGAACAUAUGGAGCACGCGAUGGACGCGUGGGCGGAGGUCGUCCGGGCGAAGGUGGACCACGCGAACGGGGUCGUCCGGAGUGAGGAGUAUGGGCGGGAUUCGGAUCCCUAUGCAGAUUGGGAUGGCCCAACGGGGUUUUGUUCGCAGGCGGACUUUCCGUCUGGAGACUAUUUUGGUGGGGUGGCUUGGUAG